AUGGCGCCAAAAAUUACAAACACCUCGACUCCAGUUCGCACCAACAGAAAUGGUGAAACAAUUGUAUGCAACCAGUAUAUUGGACAGGGAGUUGAAACUAGCGAAGCUAUCAAGAAACUUGAUGAAAAGUUAGACCAGCUAAUUAAACUGCUACAGCCCCCUGCUUUUCCAGGUAAGAUCCAUUAAAUUAUAACUUCUAAUUUCCAUGACUUCAUCUACGAAAGUUUACAUUUUCUAUGUUCUACUAGUCAAUUUAGCAAUAAGUGCAAGGAAAUAGCGGGCAAAAGCAACCAUGACGACUAAGGCAAAGAGAACGUCAAAACUAAUUGGUUUUAUGAGCAAAAAAAAAAUUGCUCUGCACGUGCAUCACAUUUGUUGGUAUAUUUUUAUCGACGUCCACGGCUCCAGGAUAACAAAGAAAAGAAACCCUGAGCGCUUACCAUUUGUAUGGAAAAACCCGGAAAUUACCGGGAGAAUUCAAAUGGAACGAGGAUCUGCAAAAAUUCCUGUAUACUGUCACAUGACCAAGCAUGGGCUUGAUGCAUGCGGAGGAGGUGGAUGGACGCUGGUCAUGAAGAUCGAUGGCACAAAGGUAUUAAAAGUUAAAUGUUCUCACAAGUUUCAACGUUUGUCAUCACCUAAUUCACAAUAUAAAGGUAAACUGACAAUGUAAGUCACGAGUCCACGUCAAAUGGAAGAAAGGGUAUCUAUUACGUGUAGGUUUAAAAAGUUGUAACUCAAUUCACUGUAAGUAGUAACAGAUAACGUUUGAAGAGAAUAAUAUGUGUGGACUUUGCAACAAGACCAGUGAACACCAAGGCGACUGUAUCAUAUUUCUCAAACAGAUAAAACAGCAAAGUGAUAGUAUAUGUUUAUUCCCUCGCGAGCGAGACAAUACUCUAUAUGAAUGAGUCAACUGAUUUUUUUUCCAGAAAACAUUUCACUACAAUUCUACACUGUGGAGCAACAAAGUCGACUUCAAUCUUCCAGGAGGGAAGACUGGGUUGGACACUCACGGGACCAAGUUACCGACUUAUUGGAACACACCGUUUGACAAGAUCUGUCUUGGAAUGAAGAUCGGUCAGCAGUUCAAGUCUGUUGUCAUCAACCAUCAAGCCAGAUCCCUGUAUUCACUGAUCGCAGAUGGCAAAUACCGAGCUACUUCACUAGGCCGUAACACGUGGAAAAAGCUUAUUGGGUCUCGGGCCUCUUUGCAAGUCAACUGUAACAAGGAAGGAUUUAACGCAAUUGAUACCACUAACAAAGACUGUCAACCCGGUCUCCAAUGCAGUAAAGCGAGGAUUGGUAUCCUUGGUAACGAAAAUAAUAACUGUGUCCAACCAGACUCCAGAAUCGGGUUUGGCACUGCAGGGUACCCUGAUGACUCCAACACGUGUGGCAACGAAGCUGUCAUUAAGCACAGAGCAGAUAAUGGCGACCAGCACAUCAAAGCGAUGGGAUAUAUUUUGGUCCAAUAA